AUGAACAUGGGAGCCAAGAUCGAAUCCCCGGUUCCUGCAGACCCGAGCGGAGAUCGCGAUUCUGCUGAUAUCACGGAGCAUGAGCAAAUGGACGUAAAGCCCAAGACAAAUGGUGAUAGCAAGACGGACCGCAAAGCUGCCAAUGCCAAGGACCCCUCGCGACCGCGGCGGAAGAAGGCCCGACGAGCCUGCUUUGCGUGUCAGCGAGCUCACUUGACCUGCGGCGAUGAACGACCGUGUCAGCGUUGUAUCAAGCGCGGCCUUCAAGAUGCGUGCCAUGAUGGCGUUCGCAAGAAGGCGAAGUAUCUCCACGACGCGCCAGACGGAGCAUUGAUGCCAGCUGUGAGCGGUAACAACAACAGCAACGGCAAUCUUUACAACAGCACGCUUCGCAAUAAUCUCCCCUUGUCGCGGAAUGGCUCCAGCUCCGUGAGGUCAAAUCAGCAGCACGCCCAUCAGCACAGUCAGCAGCACAGCCAACAACCUACCCCCACUAAUAACAACUUCUACCCUACGCCUCAGCCACAGCCAGGCCCAUACAAUGUAUAUCAAGAUCCACCUUUGAGCCAAAGCCCCUUCACAACGCAAUCGCCCGUUUCGCCUACCUUCAACAUGAAGAACAGUACCAAUGGCCGGAAUUCUAGUCUUUCUUCAAGUGUGAACCAACAGCCUACUCCAAACCCCACCCUUGCUGGAGAUGCAAGCCAGUCGCAAAAUCCGUUCGCAGGACCGUUCUUCGAUCCUAGUGAUCCGGCAUUGUUUAAUUUCGACUUAUCGAGCAUGAAUUUCGAGAACCGUUACGGCGCUCUGGAGUUUGGCAUGCUUGGGCACAUGGCCACCGGGGCUGGUGACUCUCCGACCGAUUCCGCAGGAAACCGCGGGUCGAUCGGCCGCAGCGGAUCUGCACAGUUCUCCACACCAGCUCCUGGAUUUGGUGAAAGCCCUGGAAACCAACCUUUCAUGUUCGGCGAUCCUCUACUAAAUGAAUGGUCGGCUGCACCGAGCUCCGGUCAGCACGUGAAUGUCGGCAGCGUAUAUGGCCAGAACGGCAUGCUUCCUGAGCACAUGAAGGCGAGCGCACCGCAUGCGUUUGCGAUCGAAAGUGGUCCGGCAAACUUCACAAGUCCUGGAUCUGCACCUAGCCCGAACAUCGCGACGACAGCAUUCGAAGAAAGUCCAUUCAGUGUCCCCGCCCCUUCCAAGUCCAAUAGCCUAGUGCCGAAUGGACAGCGCCAGGUGACAUCAGCGUCGAUCCUCAAGCAAUCUAACCUACAUGUGGGUCCGAAACGACGCCAUCGUAACCCAUCGUCAAUAUACGAGAGUGUGAAGGAGCCGUAUGCCUACACAAGUGGGUUCCAUAACCUGACUGCUUUCAUCCAACGUCGGUUCACGCCCCAGAAGACCGUGCGAAUCGCCAAGGCACUCGCAUCUAUCCGACCCUCAUUUAUUGCGACUACCAAAACACUCAAUCGCGAUGAUCUGAUUUUCAUGGAGAAAUGUUUCCAGCGAACUCUAUGGGAAUAUGAAGAUUUCAUCAAUGCUUGUGGUACACCCACCAUCGUUUGUCGUCGCACUGGCGAGAUCGCCGCCGUCGGCAAAGAGUUCAGCAUUCUUACCGGAUGGAAGAAAGACGUUCUUCUAGGAAAGGAAGCAAACUUAAACGUCAACACCGGCGGGUCAGGGGUACCCCAGUCUGGCACAACGUCGCGUGGCAGUUUCACCCCGCGGAGCUCAACAUUAGAAAGCUCCUCCGGUGGCCGUCCGCAACCCGUCUUCUUAGCCGAGCUUCUUGAUGACGACAGUGUCGUCGAGUUCUAUGAGGACUUUGCUCGUCUGGCAUUCGGCGAUUCCCGCGGUAGUGUCACGACGAAGUGCAAGCUCCUCAAAUACAAGACCAAAGAGGAUAUGGAGGGUGGAGCCGACGACGGCAAAUGGAACAGUCACCUACGGAAGGGUGGGAUUGCUGGCGAGGCUGGUAUGAACCAGCUUGGCUUCAAGGAUGGAAAGGUCGAAUGCGCGUACUGCUGGACAGUCAAACGUGAUGUUUUCGACAUUCCAAUGCUCAUUGUGAUGAAUUUCUUGCCAUGCAUUUGA